AUGGAUUCCUGGCUCGCUGUAUUUGUCCUUAUGCAGCUGUUACCUGCUGGGAUUAAUGCCCAGUCAAGCGGCACGAACUUCACAGCUCGAGUUGGUAAGCCCACGUCUCUAGCUCGAGUUGGUAAGCCCACGUCUCUAGCUCUAGCUCGAGUUGGUAAGCCCACGUCUCUAGCUCGAGUUGGUAAGCCCACGUCUCUAGCUCGAGUUGGUAAGCCCACGCCUCUAGCUCGAGUUGGUAAGCCCACGCCUCUAGCUCGAGUUGGUAAGCCCACGCCUCUAGCUCGAGUUGGUAAGCCCACGUCUCUAGCUCGAGUUGGUAAGCCCACGUCUCUAGCUCGAGUUGGUAAGCCCACGUCUCUAGCUCGAGUUGGUAAGCCCACGUCUCUAGCUCGAGUUGGUAAGCCCACGUCUCUAGCUCGAGUUGGUAAGCCCACGUCUCUAGCUCGAGUUGGUAAGCCCACGUCUCUAGCUCGAGUUGCCUCCGCAACAUCCGACCACUCAACACUAACAUUUGGUGAACAGACUUUAACCCCGUCUCCUCUCCUUACGAGUGGUAUGGCUAUAGCGAGUGUGCCAGCUUCCUCCCCCGUAGUUAGUGUAGACAGUGGAGUGAAUAGUCAAACUAUAACCGGAACUCUAUCAUCCACUGUAAACAUUGUUAAUCAAGAAGUUUCGUCAACUGUAUCCAACGAAGGAAGUCAGAAUUCUACCAGUGGCCAAAAGCUUUCUUCGACCGUAAACAGUGUAGGAGCAAGCAGUACUCAAGCUAAUAAUCAAUUUGUGUCAUCCACAUCAAGUCAUCACACCGGAAGUAGUAAUACGGGCGAUACAAAUAUCAUAUCUGCAGCUCUGGGAGAUUCCAUGGCCAUGAUGUCAGCGAGUUCAGGAAGUGACGUCAUCGUAUCGGCAGCAUCCUCUGUGUUUGUGGCUACCGCUCCAACGACGACCAUCUUUGUUUCAUCCAGUGUUUAUGAAACACCAAACCCUGUGGCGCCGUCACCGUCCAGUGUCAAUGACGGACCUAGUUUUACCGAGUCUACCGCUUUCACCAGUCCGUCACUUUCUAGCAGCCAGAUGGCUGAAUCAUCUAUGAUAACGUUUAAGUCAAGCUUUAGUGAAGUUAAAUCCAAUGCUAUUCUCACCAGUAGUACACAAGUUAUGAUGAAUUCAGUCACACCAACGGUUAGUACAGUUUAUCCAGUAUCAUCGGCAUCUCAUACUCCGGCUUUAAGCUCUUCCAUCCAAGAAUCACAUCUACCGACAAAAGUGUCGUCAGAGCACUUCACCAGCUCCUUCAUUCAAAGCUCUGCUACUGUUCCAUUGCAUACGAGUAAAGCCGAUACUGUCCUGACGUCAGUUCCGAUCAUGUCGGAUGUUACUUCUAGUUUAUUUGUAGCAAACAGUUUGACUUAUAUGCCAUCACCCUCAUUUAUCGUACAGAGUUCAUCCCCAAUCGUCAGUCAAGCGGUAGCUUCAUCUGAUGCUUUAAAAUCAUAUUCCUCAAUGUUAGAUAUGACGUCAAAUUCUGUUGUUGCUUCUCAGACUCCGUCGAUGACGAUAAGUCCAACAAAAGCAUCUUCUAUUGUUCAGUCUAACUUCCCAACCACAAUACCAAUUGUCAUAGAUAUAAGUUCACAAAUGUCUGCUCUAUCAAGUAACUUGUUCUCGCUGAAUAUGUCAAGUUACGUUGGCUCAAGUCAGUCAAUUACAUCUCCCGUUUUGCCCCCAUCAGUUCUAACAUCAGAGUCGACAAUGGUUAGUCUACCUGUUACAUCGACUGUAGCAUUAGAUAUGGCGUCCACCACGACCGCAACAUCGGUAACAGUACCAUUGUCGGCUCUCCCAUCAACGCCGGAUAUGUCUGUUGACUUAUCCAGUUUCAUGUCCAGUUUGAAUGUUAGUGCACAAUUGCCACCAGGUACCGCCGUAUCAGCUUCAUACAGUCUGCCGUCGCCAUUUUCUCCAUCUGUUAUAAGAACUUCUUCAUAUUUGAACUCGUCGGUGUUUGUACCUCCCACCAACGUCACUGCUUCACAAUCGGCGUCUUUGCUUAGUACAGUUACACCUCUCAUGACGUCAGUGAUGACGGGUCUUAUCUCAGCGUCAGGUAGUGUAGGAAGUAGCGGUUCCAUGAUGACGUCAACGGGACCUUUGAAUGCUACUGGAGAAUCUUCCUACAUGUCUUCAAUGUUGUCGUCAUCAUACGUGUCAUCUGUUAACCUAGACAUGAGUACAAUGUCGCCAACUCUAACUAGUCAGGUGUUUACUCCGAGUUUGUAUCCAACAUCAACACCUGUAAUGUCGCAACCAUCUCCGAGCAUCUCUCUGCCUAUUAUGCCGACAGAAAGCAGUAUGAACAUGAGCUCCGUAUAUCCUUCUAUUCGGUCGUCUUCAAAUGUCAGCUUCCAUUCUUCAAGACCAAUAUCCCCUAGUUCUGCAGGCAUGCCACUGACGUUCCUACCUAGCUCUGUAAUAUCUACCGGAAGUGUGUCAUCAAUGGUCUCUAGUGCCUUUAUGAGGACUGUUUCCCCUGCAUCUGACUAUAACAUUGCAUCAACAUUGACUAUUUCACCUUAUAGCUUUUCUAGUGUGUCACCAAGUACUAACAUAACGCCUAUGCCUCUGCCUUCUACUAAUGAAACUGGGUCGACGUCGACCACUGCAAGCAGUGUGAUUACCCCGAGCUUUGCAUAUAGUACUGACAUAACCCCUUCCACAACAUCAACACCCUUGCUAGUGUCACCAACACCUCACAGUGCAAUGAUUAAUCUCACACAAAGCGUGUCUAUAUUAACCGGAACUGUAAUAACAUCUGCACCCGGUACCGACGUCAUCAGUGAUACACCCGACGCUAUCAUCGACACAUCCGACGCUAUCAACGAUAUACUUAACGCCUUCAGCGACACAUUCCGACGCCUUCGGCGAUAA